CACUGGAAAUGACUCAACUACAGGCGGCCAGGGUGCUGCUGCCGCUGCUGGCGGCCGCGGUGGGCGCCGGGAACUUCGAGUCCUUCGGCGACUUUGGCGGCGAGCGCGGCAUGACGCUCAUCCCGGACCUGGACGCGCAGUUCGACUCGUCGGGCGCCUUCCGUGGGCGACAGCCGGCAGUUUCAGGUGUGGCUGACCUGGGUUCCUCAGUGUUCCCGCCCCCUGCAGCCGCCGCUCCUGUGCGGCGACCAGUCGUCCAAGCGCCAGCUCCUAGACCGCUGCCUGUCGCCUACGCCGCUGCUCCAGUAGCCGUACACUACUAUCCUGUCCCUCAGGCUGUGGCGCCUCAGCAGGCGUCGCUGGCGGCGGUGGUUGCCCCCGCCGUCUUCCGCAGCGCCGCAGCCGCUCCCCGCCCCCAGGCCCGCCCCCGUGGCCCGGCCCCUAUCUUCGAAGCCCAGCCCGCAGCUGCCUACCGCGGACACGCCGUACCAGCGCCUGCCGCAGCACCAGGCGUCACAUCCUACCAGGUGCAGCAUGACCGGCCUCUGGCGUCGCCCCCGCGGGCCCGCCUCUCUGGAGCCUACGCCCCCGUUGCCGCCGCCGCCCCCACACGCGGCCUGGUGUCGCGGGCACCCGCCCACACGGCCAGCAGCGGCCGCGCGCGCUACGACGACGAAGACAUCCAAGGCUUCGACUUCGGCGGACAGGGAUUCGGUUUCGGCGCGGACGACAGCUUCUGAGGACUCCGUACUGUGUUAGCACCAGGCGCCAAAGGACGAUCACGACCCUUCCGUAUCAGACCGUAGUAUUCCUCAUUCUAACUGACAAGGAAGUUGAACACACUGUAGCAUAUCAAAUCUACCAGUUCCAAGAAACUGCCAGUUGAUCAUUUAUGAAAAGUUAAAGCUUUGUGCCGGAUCAGGACUCAAACGCAGGAGCCUGUACUUCACUGUCUGAGUGCUCCUUCGUUUAAGUACCACGAGAAUACGAGGGCAUCUUACUGACUAACGCUUCGCUGCAAGUUAUCACUGAACCUUCUGCAAUCCUUCCAUAUCCCAGUUACUGUAAGAGGAACAUUAACUUAACCAACAAAAAUUUCGGAGUUAGUUCAGGGACACUUUCUGAACAUUUCGGUUUAAGCGACCCGUGGUCAGCGAUGGCUCUUUACAGAGGAAUAAAUUAAUUAAUUAUGAUGUAUUAGGUUUGUUACCCCGAACUACCCUUGUUUUUGGGAAUGUACCUUUAUAUUAGUGAAUGGGCCUUUAGUAUACAAUCAACAAUACGUACAACUUAAACCGCAGAGUAGUGAACAAUCGUCGGAGAAUGAAAAAGUACUGUGAUGCGGUUGCCAUCAGUGAACACAUACGCGAGCCUCGUACUGUUCAACAGUAAAUGUAGCCAUCCUGCAGUGUAUCACUGUUAGCGUACAAGUAACAAGGCCGCUAAACCAUACCUGAGACGUAAUCGAGCAGUACUGAAGCGAAGUCUCAGAGCGAAGAUUAAAGUUGUCAUAACUGUUAUCAACAGCAAGUACCGUGAGUGAAAGGAAUACAGAUAAAUAGAUGAAAUGUGGUAAGAAAUGGAAGGAAAUGCAAUUAUUCUGUAACAAGCUAUCGGUAACAAUACAUAAAAGUACUCAACCAACCUCUGCAAUUUUUCAAUGGAGUUCGGCUUCACCCUUUAUAAUUUACCACUGUACAGCAAUUCCUACGCAUUCUUUCAAAGAGAUAGCUCUAUAGUAAGGUAUCUGAAUUAAUGAAAAACGAAGCCUUAUGGACAGCAACUAAUAAUCCAUUGAAGUACAAUUAAAAGGUCUUUGUUAGCUGAAUCUUACACAUUAAUGGGGAAACACUGGGUACAGUCUUUAGCUCACUGUAACUCAGAGAGUUUUCAGUUGACGCUAAAGAGUGACAGGUGCAGGGUGUGAGACUUAAUGAGACAGACUCACAUUCUGUCUGUAAUGAAACGGAAAAAAUGUCUCUAAAGUUGUCUUUUCAAAGGUAACGAAGUUGCGCAAUCAUUGUCGGCUCUUCACUACAAUGGAUGUUAACAGGUCCCAUACACCAAUCAUACUCAGCCUACUUCAUUCUUAUGCAGUUCAUGUCAGUUGGUUGCAGCUCUAUCCCAAUAUCCAAAAGAGGUACCCCUGGUCGUUAAAUUGAAAGCCGUGUGAACUGCUCGUGAAAGGCAGAGAACGUCGCUAUUAAGAUAACUCUGUGAAUUUUUACGUUCGCAGUGGUGAAAACAUUGUUCCUAUGGCAACACAGUGCAAUGACAGAACCGUAAUGAUUUGUUCAACUUAUCGCACUUUUAGUCACAAAGAACCGACUCACGUCUAACAGCUAUUGAAGUCAAAGGGGCACCUGUUCGAACAAGGUUAGGAAAUCAGAGGCCUCGGACAGCUUACCUGGAAUAACACAAUGAGUUUAUGUCCUGAUCCAGUACGUGGUUUUACUCUGGCAAGACUUUGAACUGGCUCUUACUAUCGAAGUUUCUUCUAGCAUUCUUUUUUAAUUUAAUUUCUGUGUAAGAAAACUAUUACCUUCGCGUCAUGUUCCUAGGUUACAGUGUUUCAUUCAGAACAUGAAUCCCAAUUACGUAACCGUUGUUAUCUCCUUUGUCCAGACGGUGUUAUGUAUGUUUCUUCACCACUCCGACAAAACGAGUGGGUCCAACAGUAACUUACAGAUUCUCUUUUGUUUCUGUUAUUCUGAUUCUGACUUUUCCA